AUGGUCCAAGAGGGCACCCGAGCUUCGAAAGAGCUCUCGGUAGAUGAUUAUCUGACACCCUUAACGACCAUUCGAGAUUCCCUUCUCAACCCCCCUUCCCUCAUCCCGUUGAAGAAACUCUUGAUCCUCCUCCCUUGGCAUCUUCCUCGACUUACAUCACCUUGGAAACCUUUCAAACCUCCAGAAUCAUCAUCAGUCUCCAAGCUCGAUAGUCAAACCAUCCGCAUUCCAUCUACCUCUCUGACUAUCAACCUCGACCCCGAUAUCAAGAAAUGGGCCAUCAAGCUGUCGGAUCAUGCAAAGAUGGACGAGACAGACGCGUUGUUGAUGUACAAGUCAUACAAGCGGUACGCUCUGGAAGGUGGAGAUGAGCUAAAAGAGGGUGAGAUGCUGGAGAGGUUACUCAGUUGGUAUUCUGAAGAGGUCAUUGCUGCAGGCCAGAUCGUCAUGACUUGCAUGACCCUAGCUAGGACCGAAAAUGAUCUCACAGUUCUUGCAUUCGGAGUGAAAGAAGAGGUCGUUGGUGAAGUUGCAAGUUUCAUCGAAAACGUCUUUCGGGCGUUUGGUGGUUUGGCUCAACACCAAUUGGAGGGUGUUCAGAGAACGGAUUAUCCGUUGUUUUGGGCCACUCAUCAACUUCGAUUACAAGAUAACCUACUUCAACUUCUAUUCACAGCCCUCUGGCAAACCCCAGAUCGAGAACCUUCAGUAUCUGAAGCUCUCAUCAAAGGGACAGUGAUGUCGGAUUUUGGUUCCAUGCAAGCGAAUCGCGAAUUUUGGGAGGCAGAUCAGGAAUGUCAACGUCUUGCCAGUCGUAUACGCGACGGUCUUGUACUCAUAUCUCUGGAGAGUAUGUGUCUAGGAAUCGUCAUAUCAGGGGACGAAAUCGAAGGGACCCUUCUGGAAAACACAAGUAGAAUUCUUUCCAUACACGACUUUCUGAUGAAACAAUCAGAGGAACUGGAGAUGACCGAUAAGACAGAAGGCGAGUAUCCGACGUGGCCCAUGCCAAUUGUGUGUUUAGCAUGGGCUGUGAUUCUUCGAUAUUUACCUGAUGAGAGAGAUCCAGCUUCAAACUCGGGGAUAGAGGCGUUCCAGGUGAUGGCGACUAGAGCGCUGAAGCCGACUUCUGGUUUGUUCUGGUGGCUGGGGAGAUUACUCAAGGGGCCUUUGCUGGAACCGUCCAGGGAGACGGGUACCACACAAGCGGAUUUGAUUAUCCGGAGGAAGGUCAUCAAAGAUCUCUUGAUUGGCUUGACUGGUUUGAUACAGAUCAACUUCGUUCCGGAUAGGAUAGGAUUGUAUAGCGUAUGGGAAAUGUUGUUGAGAGGAAAUGAUCGAGAAGUCUCUCAAGCUCUGUGCGAUGAUUACUGGACCUAUGACUAUGCUUACGAUACCCGACGUUCGAUUCUGGACGAAUCUCGCUUCCCUCUCCUCCCCUCUCAACUGCUUCAAGUGCUCGGUGCUCUGGCAGGUUCUUCGUCUCUUGGUAUCGAGCAAGACACCUGUGUCAGAGUAUGUCAAUACUUCACACAUCUACCCAAGAUCACUUUCGUCACUCGAUCUGAUGCCUAUCGUAUAACUGGUAGGAAUACUUCCAAUCAAAGGGAAGUACAAGUCAGCAGACCUAUCGUGUUGCCAGGCGGUGCUAUUGUCGCCAUCGGGACUCCAGGCGUCAUUAUUAGCAACGAAGAAUCACCGCAAGAUGUCAUCACAUGGGACACUUCCAACUCCAGACUCAGUGGAUGGGCUCUCCUAUCGGAGUUGUUGAGAGAGGCAGCCCGCGUGCCCCGUGCUCAAUAUACGGCUAUACCAUCUCUUUCAGCAAGCCGGAACCCCGUACAUAUGACCGUGGCGGAUCUUGGUAUAUUGGCAGAUACGGAUGAAAUCCUCGCUACUGGUCUUUCAUUCCUACAAUCAACAUUGAAACCUACAUCCCCAUUAACUCCGGAGAUAAUCGCUGCUUUAUCUCCCGAUCGAUCACGUCCUCCCAUGCAAUCAUUCAUUGAGAUAUUCGUGCAUAUCUUAUCUACCUUCAUAAGCCCUGAUCUUUCCUCCAGACAAAUCGACAUUACCUCUUCGACCCUUGAACUUCUCAGUACUACUCUCCAACUAGCCUCUGGAGAAGCGUGGUCCCUCGUCCGUUCAUCCGGUCUGUUCAUAUCUUCCACCACUACCUCGAAGAAAUCUCUCUCCUCCCGACUCAUCGCUUCCGACUCAUCACGCGCCGACUAUCGUAUCACCCUAUCACUACUUCGAUUAGUACAAGGAUUGGUCAAACGUCCUGCCAAUCUACCUGUUCCAGAUGAUGUGCUCUUGCGCGCUGCUUUGCAUACGAUUCACGCAGACGUUUGGAGCCAAUACCAGGGAUGGAGGUAUCGCGACGUCACUCAGAAAUGGACCAUCGCAGCUAUCCUUGCAGACACUUUUGAUACCGUCCUUCGACAUCCAUUUGGCGAAGAUGGCAAACUCACCUCCGCCGCUUCCAUAUUGGUCGAUUCAUUCAUCGUAUCUGCGUCGCCUAUCACUUAUCGACCAAUCAUCGACGUAGUGUCGCAAUAUGAUCAGCUAAUCCGUCGUUUGGUGGGUUUACGUCGGUCAAAUGACGCUCAACAAGUGGUUAGCGCUUUCGAAGCAGCACUGUCACUCAUGUCAACCUUAUUCCGACUCUCCGUGGCUCUACAAAUCCCCUCCAAUGCGCUACCUACAGCAAUGAUGAGCCUCAAUAUUACUUCUUUACAUGGACAAAAGGUUCAAUUAGUUGAUCUUCUUUUGGACCUAACGUGUCAACCCUCCUCCCCAGAACCGACCAAACUGGUCAUCCUCAAAACUCUCAGGACUUACCUGCACUCUUCCCCCGAUGGUGUGCCUCUUUCUGGAUUAUUACGCAAUGCAGAAAGGACUUUCUAUGACGUAUCUCAAUUGACCAACGAAGAAGCUUCGGUAGAUCAACGUUCGGCCGCUUGGAAAUUACUGGCUUCUGCUGCGUCUACCCCAGGUUGUGCAGUCUUUUGUAUCGGUUCCCCUGCGGUCAAACCUUUAGGGGAGAUUCUAGGCUCUGCCGUGGAACAGAUAACAAAUUGGGAAGACACUUUUCAGUCAUCUCCACUCCUUCUGUCCGCUCAACUGGCCUAUGUAGGUGCUAUCAUCCAAUCUUCACCUUCCUCCAAGACCAUUUCUGAGCUUAGGAAAAAUCCUGGGUUCUGGCAGAAUAUCAUCGACAUCACUUCAAAACACGUUCCUCCCCCUCCUACAUUCACUUUGUCCAUGCACUCGGAAGAUUUCGCCAUUCGAAUCCGAACAUACGCUCAUUCCAUCCGAUCCAAAGCAGAAGCAACCUCUCUACUCUCCACCGAGCUGAAAGCCAUCCUGGAAUCUGACGAUGAUCCUAGAGAAGCAAAGGCGCAACCUCUCAUCUUAUCCUUGUUCCGCAAUUCCAGCCAACUUCAAGAAGCCUCCCUCACCGCUGUGCACUCAUCAUGUAAUCCGGAACUGCACACGGCCGAGCAAAGUAAGCUCUCUUCGGCAGGUGUAAAACUUUCGAACAUUCGACAUAUCACUCUGACAGGGGAAAGAGAAUAUGGUCUCGGCUAUCUUUAUGAUGACACUUCAAUACAUGGCGACAACUCGGUUCAAGCAAGUGUCAAUUUCGCGAUUGACAUGUUAAACCUUUCAUGGUCUAUGUUAGAUGCCGAUAUUUCUCUCACUCGUGCCUUCCUCUCUCUAUGCGAACAAGUAUCCUCAUGGGUCGAAGGUGAUGCUUUGGCUUCCGAAGCUGCUUUACGAGCCGGUGUAGCUGUGGCAGAGAGAUUGGCGGAAGAAGACAGAGGUGGAGAUGUCAUGUUUUCCAUUCAACAUGAUCGUCUUUGUAUAUUAUCCAUCUUACUGGAAUUUGCUCUGGGUGAUAGUUCGCCUGACGGAAAGUUGAUAUCGAGGUUAUGUUCUAGUAUAAGGAUCAUGUUGGAAAGUCAAGUGUUCCCACCUAUUCUUUCCAUGCGUCAAACCGGUCUCCCAGCAAUUCAUCGACCCAUUCUCGAAAUCGUCUAUGCGGCAGCACAACAUCUUUCUACUGUGGACAAACUCACGGCGGAAGGGUUUUUCGAACCUGCCUUGUCAUUCGUUGUGGAAGCUGCCGAUGUGGUGUUGGACGCGGUAACACGAAAUCAACCUUCGCCUCUGGUAUCUGAACUGGGUGUGAUAGUUGGGAAUAUUUGCGAGUUGAGCAAAAGUGCACCGAAUGACACACAAUGGUUAGAUAAAUUAGGAGAAUAUGAUUUGAUAGGUCGAUCUUUGGAAGUACUCACUAGAGCUCGUAUCACUCCUCUACCCAAUUCCUCCCUUUCCACCUCGUUCAAGUCGAUUCUCAAUUCCAAUGUCAACUCCAGCUUAUCACAAUCACAAUCACUUUCAUUCCUCAAACCAUCUCCGACCUCUCUGUCUUCCUCCUCAACCCAGCCGAUCACAUCAACAUCAUCCGGUCACGUCUCUCCCGCCGUAUCUGCCAUCCUCCUCUUUCAUCUCGCUCUUUCCCAUAUACCAUCUUCCGCCGAAAAAUUAGCUGUAUCAGGUUUACUUCCCGCUUACUCAGAUAACGUUAUAUCUUCCCUAGCUGAAACAGCUUCUCUACUCCCUGAUACAUCUCCACACGCAGCAUGGUGUUCAAUGUUAUCAGUCAUCAAAACCCUUCUCACAACUUUACCCGAUACACUUUCUUACAUCCGAUCCGACGUUAUUCCCUUUAUCAGAGUUUGUACACCUCAACUCACUCAUGCCAUGUCAUGGGAUGGUCAAUCUUCAAUGUCAACAAGUGCUAUGGAAGAGAUGGAACUAGUUGUUGAAGUGUUUUAUACCAUCUCUACUGCUGUAGGUGGAUCAACGGGGAUAACAAGUGAAUAUGGUCCUCUAGGUGUAGGUCUUUUGAGAGGUUUAUUAUAUGCUUUAUCUCAUCCGAGAUUAUUAUCAGCCAGUAUAAUACCUACGGAUGAAGAAGAACAAGAGAUGUUGAUGAAGGAAUUAGAAAUGGGGGAAACGAAUGAACCGGAAUUGUUGGAUUGGGAAAAAACACCUUUGUUGGCGAGUAGAACUGCUGGGUUGUUAAGAGUGGGAAGGACAGUGGUGAUGACUUUAGUCAAUUUGACUGAUGCUUGGGGAAGUUUGAAAAUGGAGGGAGUGAUGUCGGAAUUGAUAUUAAGGCCGUCGGAGGAAGAUGGUAUAUCCGCAUCCACCGAUCCAAUAGGAAUCAUUAACGAUCUUCAUUCCAUUUAUCUACCUCUGUCCAUCACACCUUCUCCAGCAAAUGGAGAGCAACGUUCCAUCGCCGCAGUAGCUAAACAAUUCACAGAAGCUGCCGCACUUUUAUCAACCGCUCAAUUAGUCGGAAGACAUUCGUUGUUACCUCGGAACAUUUCCGAAGAUGAUGAUAUGGAAUUGGAGAUUGAAGAUCGGAAAUCUGGAGGAGAUAAGGAAGGACAUGUUUUACGUGAGUUGGAAGGUGAUUUAUUGGGUUUGUUGGAUGGAGGGAAAGGGUUGAUGGGUUGGUUAAGAGUUGUAGCUGAGAGAAGUUUUUCAGGUGGGGAGUGAAUGUUAUGACAUCUCUUCUUGCAUG